AUGUCGGAAGAACACAGCAGCAGCGACGAAUCGCUGGAUAGUUUUCAGUCCCAGGAGAAACAGGAGCACUCGGAAGAUGGCCAUAAUGAAGAGGAGGACAUCACUCAGCAACGCGGACCACCUACCGUGCCUCGUGUGCAUUUUAGAUCGAAUCAAGAGUUUCACGAGCCGCCUCCUAGUCCAGAGGAGGAGAAAUCGGAACGCGAAAAGAUCAAGAAGGAAGGUAUGGCGCAUCCUCCAUCAGCACCAUAUUCACAUGAACCAGCGGAUGUUACCGACACUCCCAUAAAUGAGAGAACGGAACAACCCCCAGCACAAGCUGAUGGGGAACCUAAAAAGGAGAGCAAGCUCGCUGAGCUCAAUCCCGCGAAAGCUGUCCCGAAAACGGCUAAAGAGAAACUGAAAUCUGCUUAUCUAGCCUUCAAGGAAAAAGGGAUCCAGCUGCUGAACCUUUUAGGUCGCGAGGAAUACGGAGGAGACGAACUGCGACCGGGUGCUUAUCACUCCGACUUGUCUCCAGGUGGUGAGAUGCCCUUGGGCCUUGUCCCGGACAAGAAAGACAAAAUUGAUAGAGAAAAAAAACAGCAAAAGGAAAAUUCCCGGGCCGAAGCCAAUAAUCUCAUCAGUGGCAUCACUCAAGACGAAUACUCUCGACAUCGUGGCAGAAGUUCAAAUACUCCUUCAAAAUCAGGUGGUUUGAAAAACGAUUCGAAAAGUGAUUCGAAGUCUAGUGAGGAGGGUUCUGGAAGACAACGUAGUCCGGAUUCCAGUUCUGGGCCACACAAUCGUUCUGGUGGCGGUGGAAUACUGUCCCAGUUGGUCAGAAAGAAUCAAGAUCAACGACAAAGAGGAGAAAGCCGGCGCAGUCCAUCACCAAGCGAGGCGCCAUCCGGCACUAUAACUCCAAAGAAGGAGAAGUUAAAAUGGUACAAAAAGCCCCCGAAUCAGUCGGCCUCCACGUUGGUUGGCACGGCAGGGAACAUGAGUGGAGCAAGCACGCCUGCAGGGGGUGAAGCGAUGGCUGCGGCCUCAAAGCGACGUGGGAGACGAAAGGACCGGCAAGAGAGACUGGAGGAUGAAAUCAGAUUAACUAUACAUAUUGCCGAAGUCAUUUCGCGCCAACGAUACAUAAUACAGCUCUGCAAGUCAUUGAUGAAAUUUGGCGCUCCGACUCAUCGUCUGGAAGAAUACAUGCAAAUGACAUCCCGGGUCCUAGAAGUUGAGAGCCAGUAUUUGUACUUGCCCGGCUGCAUGAUCAUGUCUUUUGAUGACCCGGGGACGCGCACUACCGAGGUCAAAUUGGUCCGAGUGGCCCAAGGGGUCGAUCUAGCGCGCUUGUCUGACACCCACAGCGUGUAUAAGAAUGUUGUGCAUGAUAUCAUUGGAGUUGAAGAAGCGAUCCAAGAACUAGACUUGAUCAUGAACAAAAAGCCAAGAUACAACAAAUGGAUUCUAGUUUUUGUAUACGGCGUGGCCAGUGCGCUUGUCGGGCCCUUCGCGUUCAGUGCGCGGCCGAUUGACAUGCCCAUCAUCUUCUUACAUGGCCUGAUCCUGGGACUUAUGCGGUUUAUCAUCGCCCCCAACUCCGCCCUGUAUUCCAAUAUCUUCGAAGUAGCCGCAACCAUUCUGACCUCCUUCCUGUCGCGUGCCUGGGGAAGCAUCCCGCGCAAGGUGGUGGAUGGAAAGCCACAAUAUCUCUUCUGCUUCUCUGCCAUAGCCCAGUCGUCCAUAGCGCUCAUCCUCCCUGGUUUUCUUGUGCUCAUGAGCAGUCUUGAGCUACAGUCGCACCAGAUUGUUGCCGGUUCCAUUCGAAUGGUAUAUGCCAUCAUCUACUCCCUGUUCCUGGGCUACGGAAUCACAGUCGGAACCACUAUCUACGGCCUCAUGGAUGGCAACGCCACGUCCGACAUCAGUUGCCCCAAAGAUCACCAGGGUGCAUUCACAAACCCCUAUUUGUCCCACUUCCUCUUCGUCACUCUUAUGCUUUUCUGCAUAGUUGUCAUUAACCAAGGCAAAUGGAAACAAUCACCUCCCAUGCUCAUUAUUGGCCUCUCAGGCUACAUCUCCAAUUACUUCACCACAAGGCGACUUGGCUCCAAUUCCCAGGUCGCGAACACUGUAGGUGCCUUCACCAUUGGCGUCCUAGGCAACCUCUAUAGCCGCCUGUGGCAUGGGCACGCGGCGACGGCCAUCCUGCCGGGAAUCUUCGUCCUGGUGCCGUCCGGUCUCGCGUCAUCAGGUUCACUCAUUUCGGGGAUUGAGUCCGCCAAUGAAAUCCGCGACAAUGUUUCCAAAGGAGCCGGCGCUUCUUCUUCCUCCCCCGCAGCUGGUCUUCCUGCUAACGGAUCCGUCUACAGUUUGGGGUUUGGGAUGAUCCAGGUCGCUAUUGGGAUCACCAUUGGGUUGUUUAUUGCGGCGUUGCUGGUUUAUCCGUAUGGAAAACGGCGGAGUGGGCUUUUCAGUUUUUAA